AUGGCUGUUGCGUGCCUGUGGCCCUUCCUUUGCUUCACAGUCGCCUCGGCUGUGAUUCACCACACAGCGCAGACUACCUCGAGCACGAGGGCCAAAUGGAAGGUGGAGGACGUGCCCAACCCAAUGAAGAAUCCCGAGCAAUGUGGUCUCAACGCUUCCGGGUAUAUUUGUGACCCAGACGGCAUGCUGACGAAUGACCAGCGACAAGGGAUUGAGCAGGCGCUGGUCAACAUCAGUCAGCAGACGCGCGUGGCUUGCCCCGACGGCAACCGCUCAUACCAAGCAGCUGUUCUGGUCGUAGAGAGCGUAGCAUCUUCCGAGUGGCUCGGGUGGUGGGACAAGGAGCGCACUGGCGAAGCCUUUGCUCACAAAGUCGGGGAUGCCUGGGGGCUGGGCAACAGCGGCUGCGACAAUGGUGUGAUGCUAUUCUUGAGCAUCAACGAUCGCAUGUUCUACCUGAAAACUGCCAAGCGCACCAGGGAAGUGCUGACAGAUGGGAUGGCGGAUGUAAUCCUCAGCAACAUGCGGCCCAUGCUGAAGAGUGGAAAGACUGGCGGCGCCAUCAUGGAGGGUGUCACCGAGAUCUCCCUCGCCUUGCAGGGCCACACGAUCCCUGUGCACCACUCCAUUGGCGAGUACUUUGCUUGGUCUAUCCUGGCGCUUGUCUUUUGCUGCCAUUUGCCUCAGUUCAUUGCUUUCUUCAUGCUCGUCCUAGCCACGCUGUUGGCCGUUGUGCUCUAUCCAUUUGCGAAGCUGGCCGAUGCUGUGACCGCCUGUUGGCGGUCGCGAAGCAAAGCUCAGGCUGAGGAGGACUUGCAGCGAGUCCAGAAGGAGCUCGAAAGAGACGAGUUCAACCAAAGUAUGUGUCCCAUUUGCCUGGAGGACUUUGAAGACGAUGCCAAGAGCGGCAAAAGUAUUGACAAGCUGGAGUGCAAGCACUGCUUUCACGAAGCCUGCAUUAAGCCGUGGCUUCAAGCCCAUUCGAGCUGCCCCUUGUGCCGCUGCGACGUGGACGCGCAUCUCUCGGCAGAAGACCGUAAGAAGCCCGAGGAUUAUCGGAGGCGGCUCCGAUUCUAUUUGUCCAGGCUGAGCGCUCGCUAUCCCAGCACGUUUGUCCAGAGUGGGCCCACAUACUACCAGAACGAUGGCAUGUACUUUGUCUAUGUGCCGCGCCCAGAGCGAAGCUUGAAGCCGCGGCUGCAUCCAGACGAGCCAAAAGAAACUGAUGAGGAUGUGGCGGAGCACUUGCAGGGAGCAGUGGAGGCGUCGUUUCGGCUGAAGCGGUUGCUCAGCGAGGACCUCAAGGCUGCCAUAACCAACCAUCGGGAGGGAGUGAAGCGACCACGCUUUGAGCAGCCUCGUGCUGGUCAGGAGGAGUCUGCCAGAAUCGACCGCAUCCUUCGCAAGUGGGGCCUUCAAGGCGAGUCCGUGGUGCGGCACGUGCUGGAGGGCCUGUCCCUUUUCGAGCUCAAGGAGCUCGACACCUCGGGGUACUACCCAGACACCACCAACGAGUGGCGAGGCCCUGCAGAGCUCUCAGCUGUCCACAUUGCGCAGAUGCGAGAAAUGCUGGGCCCCAGCGGCUCGGCGGUAGAUGCUAUCCAAGCCUUUCGCGCACAUUGGAACUUGGACGGGACGCAAGAAGUGCGGCUUCGACUGCUUUGCCACAAGGACGUGCGCUACGUCAUGAGGCACUAUGACGGCACCCGGCCGCUCGAGGAGAUCAUGGAGGAGGCCAAGCCCAAAGAGCCGCUCAAGGGCCUCGCUGAGGGCGCCGCGCCCUCCUUCCCCUCGGGCUCCAAGGCCAUUGGCCGCUAUUACCGCCUUGAAAUCAUCGAUCCGACCACGGACGCCGUGGUAUUUGGGGACGCAAAUCUUUCCUUUGCGCUCAACCUGGCGCGACACAGAAAGGCCUUGGGCCACGUGGGCCGCGUCAUUGCCACUACCUUCGAGAAUUUGGAGCCGCCGGGCACAAACUCGGGCGGCACCGUCUCUGCAGCUUAA